UGUGCAGUGCAGAUGUUGAGGUAACGGUAAAAGUGAAAAUUUCAGUGCUCAAAGACAAUGCGAAACUCUGUUUGUAUAUUUGCGUUGAAUCUUCUUUGUCUGCUGCAUUCGUGCCGCACUCGAAAAGUGGAUGAACUAUUAACUGAGCUCAAUAAAACGACUCCCUCGUCUUACCGUGUAUCCGCACCAAAGCUGAAACAACCCUUAAAUAGGGUACCGGCCCACCUUCAAGACAUUGGCUAUGUUUAUGAAGACGCAGAUGAUGUGAUUCAUAUCAUUGAGCCUCCGCAACGAUUUCAGUUAUUGAAACGGCUCGUAAGUCAGACGGAAAACCCACGAAAGCUAAGGAUUACUCGCGUGGAGUCAAUGAACCAUUACAGUUUGCCAAAGCCAAUGGCAAUGACAGCCGCCACGGCCGAAAUAUUCAGUGCAUCGAAAUUCAAAGCGAAAGUGAAGAAAAUGCCCGAGUCUACAGUUAAACAGCUGCAACCAGUGAAGCAACAACUCGGAGGAGGCAUACAAGUAAAUCAACCAGUCAAACUGCUUCAUACGCGCGCGCAUAAUGGCAAACCAGUAUUCAGCAACGAUGACUCUAUAGACUUAGUGCCACAGGAAGCACAGACAUUGGCAAUGAUGUCGCCACCGCUGCCACUGCCGCGCGAAAUUUUAGCGUCCGUUCGUAAAACAGAGCGACUGCUUCAGCAGCAACCACAACCAAAACAGCAUUUGCAUCGAGUUACCCAGCGUCAAAAAAAGCUCGCAACCCAUACAGUAGUUAUUGGUCAAGCUUUCGAGCGUAACAAAUUUUAUCGAACCACUGAUCAUAAAAUAAUGGACGAAAAAUUACGAAAACCCCGCGUUCGUCGUGAAGUACGUAACAUUCCUAUUCAUGGGGAAUCUUUCGCAGGAGCUCGAAGGACUGACAAGCUACCAUCAGCGUUAGACGUCCUCAAAAAUGCUAAUUUGGAUAUUCAAAAGGGAACCAAGUUACUUCUGCACUUAGAUGAGUUAUUAAAAAAUGCCAGCUUAUAUUUGCCGGAUAAAGGCGAAGUUGUCGACUUGAGUGAAAAAAGCAACAACUCUAAUAAGAGCUUUUUAAAGAGUAUAACUAAAUCUGAUGCUACGAAUCCAUUGGAACAGAGAUUCUCCCCCAGUCGAAACCAAAGUGCAAAUAAAAGGCGGAGAAUAUUCACUGACGUAAAUCCGGUUCUCUUCUCUACGAUGAUGUCAUGUCCAAUAUUCGAAACAUGCUGCAUACGAAAAAUCGUCAACUCUUAGAGGAUCAACAAAACAGCAGCUUUAAUGGAAGGAAAGUGACAGUGAACUUCAACGGUUCUCUGCCCCUUUUACCCAUUGAUAAUGGCGAGCCAAUAGAAGUGAAGCAAUUGCAAGAGUAUAUUUAUGAGCUGCAGCGUAUUUCAAAAUCUUUACAAAACCAAAACACCGAUAUGUCAUCGACGCCCACACAACAAUCAGAGCAAUCUGCGAAUAUCACUGACUCACCUGACUGGUACCUGAUUACUUCCCAGGGCUCAAUUUAUGAAGCGCGGUCGCGAUCCAAACCGAAGCCAACCACUUCGUUUUUUCAUCGCUUCCCUGAUAUACCAGUAAAACGGGGCGUAAUGGUGAAUAAUCAGACAUUGCUCUCUCCGCACGCGACACUAGCCUAAAAGCGUAGUUUCCCACGGAUGUAAAAACGGAGAACGUGUCAGCUGGUACGAUUUAACUUAUGGGAUCUGUGUGUUAACAAAAACUCAUCACCUCAUGAGACCGUGAUGUAGACGUUGAUUCUCUCUCUCUAUCGACAGCAAAUUUGACAUGUUUCUACGUAGAAGGAGGGAUAUUUGUCUCCCAUGCAAUUUUCCUCUUUUAUAAUUUGCUGUGUAACUAGUUUUACUUAAGAAACAAUACCCAUUUGACGAAUGUUGGGGAACGAGCUGAAGAUUGAUAAUAAAAACAGCUUUGCCCGCCUUAUAAAACUUCACGAUGAAAUUUGCUGAACUAUUUUUUAUAUCUGUUCUAUGAAAACUCUGAUUGAAAGCUUCAAAGCCGUUUUUCGUUUUGUUUUUGAUUGUUUCUAAUUAUGAUGUUUUUCAAGCAAGCGAGCGACAUACAUAUGUAAGGUUUACAUACCUACUUAUACAUAUGGUCGAUGCCUUUGCAAAACCGCCAAAUUCGCCGUUGUGGCAAAGAUUAGCUUCGGUUUCCCUGAACGUUAGGCACCGAGAAUUAUGCAUAAAAAUCGUAAAAUCACUAUUAGAGCAACAGAUUUGUAAAAUACAUAUGUAAUAGCU